CAGUUUACCGCAUUCUGUCUUACCUGCUGUGUGUUUUUUCAAGCGGUCAAGUGAUUUUGUAAACAAAAAAGAUUUUUGUUCGAACAAGUUAAUGUUCUGUGCUUCCCGUUAAGAGUGUUUUGAUUUUUAUAAUAUUUCAGUAAAAAAUAUUCUUUUGAAUUAAAACGACAAAAUGAUGUAAUUUGUGUUGUGUUGUUCUCAGACAUAUUGUGCUAUAACUAUGGCAAAUCUUCUCGAAAACAGUGAAGUGAGAUUACCAAAAAGUGAUAGCUCUGAAUUUUCUCCGAACAAUACGAAAAACAACGUGUCCCCAACUAAAUCACCUGCAUCAUGUCAGUAUUUUAAAAGUUCAUUUGCACGGUCCUUGUCAUUCAACACCAAUCAAAGUCAAUCACUCGACUUUGAAUUAAGUUUUCGAAUAUCCAAAUGUGAUACAUCACCUGCGGAAGAUAUGGAUUCAUCAACGAUGUUAGCGACGGUGUUACCCGCUACACAAAAACCAUUCUCAACCAUACCGAAACGGAAAUAUACCUCAAACAAUCGCUUACAGGAAUCAAAGAAUAAAUCCAGUGAGAUUGAGGUCUUGCGAUUAAGAAAGGAGUGUCAAAGCCUUAUCGAGAACAACCGGCGAUUAAUGGGUGACUCUACGUUAAGCUCUGAGCGAAUAAAUGGAAGUAACAGUUGUGUGGAGGAAACACUACUUCAAACUCAAAUUGAUUCAUUGCAGUGGCAAUUGAAGCAGGUUGAAGCCAGUCGUCAGAUGUAUCACGCUGUUAUGGAAGAAGUUGUGCGAUUUUUAGAUCGUUGCCAUCAAAGCCUAAAUGCUAUGGAGACCAAUAAAAUUGGUCGAUCGAAAAGCAUCAAUCACGUUUUCGGUAACGAUUGCGAUGGCAAAAGUCGAAUGCGAACCAGUACGAUGGAUCGGUCAAUUGAAAUCGGUGAUGUGGAAUCGAAUGCAUCGCUUUCUGGAUCAUACUCAAAUUUUCGAGAUUUUACAUGGCGUCGUUCACCGAAGCCGACCCAACCAUCAUCCGAUCACAACAUUGAACUGAAUCCGGAUAAAUUAUCGCAAGAAGCAUUUCGUCUGCUACGAACUGCUCAGAAUUUGAUCAAUCUAAAAGAGCCAUGUCUCAGUGACGUCCAGUCCGAUACUCAGUCCUACAAAAAUUUCGAGUACAACAAAAAGUCCACAUUGCAGCGGAAAAUGAACACACGUGAAAGUCGAUUGUCUAUACAGAGUAGUACAGACGAUUCCGUACAUUCAACGUCAUCAUCCCGAAACGAAACGGAUGAAGAAACACAUAACCAUCAGUCGCCAUCGUCUACAUUUUGUAUGAUGCCAUCAUCGCAUAUGAAUCGAAAAGAUUUUAUCAAAUCAAUGACAAAUACGGCAGCAGACGACGAAAGUGGCUUCAGUUCGAUGAAUUCAUUUCAGGAGAUCGGCUUGCCAACACCCAUUUUAAGUGGGUCUGACAGAUCGGCUGACAGUGCUCCUGAAACGAUUCCCGAAGACGAUAAUGAUACAAAUGACACCACUAUCAUGCCAUCAUCUUACAUGGGUAAGACGAGACAUGCACUGCCAAUUGUUCAUCGCCGAUGGGACUCUGCGCCUCCAAUACCGCCGAAACGAAAUUUAUCCACGUACAACGGAGAUGAUGCACCGAAAGUUCUUUGGGUUUAAAUUUUAUCCCCAGCGAACGGGAAGGUGUUUUGGUACCAAAGUUAUGAAUUUCGCGAAGCCUCAAAGCAUUUACUAAGAUUCCUUUGUAGAUUUCAUCCGGAAAAAUGCAUACUGGAAAUGUAUUUAUUUUCAUUGAUAGUGCGUAAGAUUCAAUUCGUAUAAUCACUCCUAGUAUUAUAGUUUUACUGAUAAUCUUAAUUCCUAUUCGAAAUGAAAUGAUUUUAAUUAAAACCAAAUCCUGUAUCAUAAAAGUAAACAAAUUGACCUUGGAAUUCAAUAAUAAAGAGAAAAAAAACAACAUUUUUAAAUAAACUUUAAAAUCAACGUAA